AGCCCCAUUUUCCAGCUUCAACAACAAGACACAACAACAACAGAGAGAAGAGAAAGAGAGAGAGAGGUUGUUGAAGAAACGAACCCUAAGAGAGAGAGAAAUAGGGAAAGAAAAAUCUUUGCUUUGAUUUCAAGCUCUUUUACCAUUGCAUUUCGGGAUCUCGAAUCUUCAAUCUGCAAAGGUAUUGUUGAUUCUGCUUCUAUGGCAAAUUCAAAGGGCUCAUCGGGUUUCAGAAAUUUUAUGUAUCCUGGAAAGCAUGCUCUACUUCCUCCUAAAAGUCCGUUUCCCAGUGUUUCCCAAGCGUACGCUGAUUAUGUCCAAAAUCCCGCUGUUGGUUUAAAGGCUGGUAACAGGUCUAGAGAGGGAAAUCCACACCACCAACGUACAUCAUCUGAGAGCCUUAUUAUAGAGGAGCAGCCUUCUUGGCUUGAUGAUCUCCUUAAUGAGCCAGAGACACCUGUCCGAAGAGGUGGACAUCGGCGUUCAUCAAGUGAUUCUUUUGCGUACCUAGACAUGGCUAAUGCAUCUAACAUCAAUUAUGCUGAUCAGGACGAGUAUAAAUAUAAGAGUUUGAUGUCUAUGCCAUCUUGGUCAUCUCAAGAUUUUGACCGCAGCAAAGAUGCUCGCCAUCUACCUGCUUAUGUGGAUAUGAACUUACCUAAACAGAAAAAUAGGUCAUGGGACUCUUUUUCAAAUGCCAUGACAAAUCCUGUUGGUGUUCCCUCUGGCAAAGACAGUUCAGCUUUUCAGAGUUCAGGACUGCCAAGCACACCACAGGAAGCAGACGGGCUUCCACCUACUGCAACUGAAAAGCAAGAUUCAGUAGAAUCUGGAUUACAGGAUGCAAAAUCGUUUUCUGAAAAAAAGGACAAUUCACAUGCAAAGCCAUCUUCCUCUGAAACUGAUACAAAACGUGCUAAACAGCAAUUUGCUCAGCGUUCACGGGUUAGGAAACUUCAAUACAUAGCUGAGCUGGAAAGAAAUGUACAAGCUUUACAGGCAGAAGGAUCUGAAGUCUCAGCUGAGCUUGAGUUUCUUAAUCAACAGAAUCUUAUCCUGAGUAUGGAGAAUAAAGCACUCAAGCAACGUUUAGAAAAUAUAGCACAAGAGCAGCUUAUCAAAUAUUUGGAGCAGGAAGUACUGGAAAGAGAGAUUGGAAGAUUACGUGCAUUGUAUCAGCAGCAGCAGCAGCCACAGACGCAGGCACAACAGCAACCAUCUGGUAGCCACAGACGCUCAAACAGCAGAGACCUUGAAUCUCAGUUUGCAAACCUUUCUCUUAAACACAAGGAUACCAAUUCAGGGCAAGACCCUGCACUCAGAAUUUAGAUUUGCAGUAGCUGUAGCCUUGUUCUGCCUCUACAUUGCGAUAGAAUUGUUUCCUACCCUUCCCAUGCAUGGGAUUGUGCAGAGAUUUCCAUCAUAUGCCUCUUCUCUCUGCCCACUUUGCUGAUUUCUUCAGCCUUCUCCUAGUCUUUCCGUUUUCUAUUUACUUAUAUUAUUACCAUUUAAUGUGCACCUGGUGGUCAUUGCCGAAAUCUCAUUCCAUUUCUGUCACUUGACCUUCCAGAGGUGGUAACUCAACAUUUUCAGGCUCUAUUUUCAGUGAAUAUGUAGCUCUAUACCCUCUUGUGAAUCUCCACUAUUGUGGAGUUUGGCCCGGUGCAAAUAGCAGAUAUCUCAGGGCCAUUUCAAUGUGCCUUAUUUGUAUGGAUAAUGUGAAGCUAAUGUUUGUAAUGUGAUUUUAAUUAAGUUAAUGUUUUCUCAACAUAUUAUUUAGUAGCA